AUGAAUGAAAGUAAUGAACUUGCUGGUACUGGUACUGGUAAUGAAGAUCAAACUCAACAUAGGUUAUUGGCCUCUAAUCAAUUACCAUCUUCAAGUGCUACAGACAAUUCUACAGGAACUUUGGAUAGGUGUAAAAUGUGGAAACCUGAGCAGACAUUGAGGUUCCAUCUUGAUGUGGCUGUAUGUAUGGCUUUUGAUCAGAUUAGACUUGCUGUUGUUUUGGGUACUGAUGAGUGUACAAUUAAACUUUGGCAUUUGAAACCAGUAUUGAUCUCAAAUCCAAGUCUAUCAACCACAGUUACAAGUGUAGCAAUUUCAACAUUACCACCCAAAAUUCAGUCAGAUUCAUUGACUGUAAUAGUAUGGUCAUUACCUACACCAGAACACAUAACAUAUGCACCAUUUGAUCCAACAUCACAACUUUAUACAUUUGUUGGACAUACAGAUGGGUAUUGGGAUAUGAUACUCCUACCCUUAAAAUUAAGAGAUGAAGCUUUAUUAGCUACUAUUAGUGAAAAUGGAACAAUCAAGGUUUGGAGUACUGAUGCAUUAAAUUCAGCAUUGAAAUGA